AUGGAUAAUACAUUAGAACCUCGUUUAGCUCUUCACCCAUCAGUUGUAAAUUGUCUUACACCAAACCAAAGAAAUGAAUUAUUAGAACAAUACAAUUCUGAUAUUAACCAGUUAUAUUAUGCAUUUCCAAAACUUCAACGUAUAGAUAUUGAAAAAACUUAUCAAUUAUGUGGAAGAAAUUUAAAUAAUACAGUCACUGAACUAGUAAAAUUACAAAAAGAGAAAGACAAAAAAGAGGAAAAGAACCAACAACAAGAACAUAAAGAGCUUCCUAAAGAAGAAAAUGUCAAUGUCCAUGACGUAGGCAAUGAUAAUACAAUAAAAUAUCAACCACCAAAAAUAUUAAUGCCAUUAUUUCCUCUGCCUCGAAAAGAAGAAGAGGACAUUACAAAAACUGAGAAGGGAGAUGAUUUAGAAAAAACACUUCCCCCAAGUAAUAUGGAAGAACAAGAAGUUAUUUUAACUGAGUCACAAGAAAAAGAAUUUAACAAUGAAACUGAACAAAAAGAAAUUAAAGAAUUAAUCCAAACAAAAUUAAAAUAUGAUGUUCAAAUAAAUAUUAAUGGAAACGAUUGUAUGAUUACUGCAAGCUUUGAUAGAAAUGAACGGUUCAAAAAUAAUUUCUUACAAAUUGUUGAUAGGUAUAAUGAAAAUUUAGUUAAAGACAAAAGGGAAAUAGGAAAAAGCAUUUCUUUUGUAUGGAAAUUAAUUCUUGAAGAUGGAGAAUAUGAACUACAAUAUUUUGACUCAGAACAUUCAACCUCAAUUACUUUGAAUCAAAUCGAUGUAAAUCCAGUUAAAAUGAUUGUUUCUAAACAAAGUGAAGAGCUUAUUGUUUAUUUAUCACAAGGACCAAUUGACAAAGUUUCUUGGGUUGGAUUAUAUACUGUUGAUGGUCCUAUUGGAAGAAAAUAUAUACACUAUCAAGAUACUAAAGGAAUGGUUGAUAAUAUUAUUCAUAUUCCUUUACAACCAAAUGACAAAGGUCUUUUUAUUUGUAGAGCAUUUUCUAACAAUAAUUCUGUUGGUGGAUUUCUUUCUUCUCAAUACUUCACUCUUGGAGAUUCAAACCAAAUAGAAGUAGAAUAA